AUGGCCGAGGGCCUGGCGAAGCACUUGGAGGGCAAGGGCCUCAGGGAAGGUGCUCAGCGCCUGUCGGAGGCCCUGCAGAAGGCCAAGCCUGAUGCGGACGAAGCGGCGCUCCAGUCGGCCGUCGACGCCCUGCUGGCGCUGCCCGUCCCCCUGGACCCCCCCGCCUGGCUCGACUGCCUCGACCGCUGCGCGCCGCUUAUCGCGGAGGCGCCGGCCGCGCUGACGCAGCGCCUGGCCGCGCUGCAGCGCCUGCUGGGCGGGGCGCCAGAGGACACGGCCGCGGCGCUGUCAAAAGCACCCUACCUGCUCCUGCAUGAGAGCGCAUCGGUAGAGGCCAAGGUCGAGGCGCUGCAGGCGGUGCUGGCGCUGCCGCCCGGCGACGCGACGCCCGCCAAGAUCGUGGACCGCUUCGGGCGCUACCCCUCCCUGAUUGAGCGCAGCGUGGAGGGCCUGGAGGCCGACAUGCAGGCGCUGGCUGACCUGCUGGACAUAGAACUCCAGGCGGCGGUGCGGCUGGCGUUCAAGGUGCCGGCGCUGGCGGCGCACCCCGUGCAGGAGCUGCGGGAGCAGAUGGAGAUGCUGCAGACGCUGCAGCAGCAGCAGCAGCAGCAGCAGCAGCAGCAGCAGCGAGGGCUUGACAAGUCGCACGCAAUUGCAUUGUUGCUGCUGCUGGGCAUUGACCAGGCGGCCGCCCGCGCCAUCGCGGUGCGCCAGCCGUCCCUGCUCACGCGCCAGGCGUCCGGCGUCGAGGCCAAGGCGGCAGAGUACAAGACCCUGUUCGGCGAGGCCCCCGCCCGGGACAUGCUGGCAGCUGCCCCGCAGCUGCUGACGAUGUCCUGCGACAGCGUCAAGGCGCGCCACGAGCUGCUGCAGCGGCUGGCCCAGGCGCAGGCGGCCUGGGCGGCGCAGCUGGCGGAGGCGGGGCCCGCGCUGCUGGGGGUGUGGCUGACCAGCAGCGAAAAGAAGCUGCGGCGCCUGGAGCAGGCGUCCCCUGUGCCCCGGCUGGCGCACAUGUCGCUGCAGAGGAUCCUAAACCUCUCAGAGAGCCGCUGGGCGCGCGAUGUCGAGGCAGCGCAGGCGGCUGGCGGCGGCGGCGGCGGGGCAGCAGCCAGGGGCGGCGGCGGCGGCGGCGGUGGGGCGAGUGGUGGGGGCGGCGGGGGUGCGGCGGCCGAGGAGGGCGGCGACGGGUCCGGGCGCCCGCGGCGGCCGCGGGGUGGGCGGCGGGAGCGGGAGAAGCGGGAGAGGCGGCUGGCCCGCGAAGCGGGGGACGGCUCCGCGGCCGGCAGCGCGGCGGGGGCGCAGCAGCAAGCCAGGCCGCAGGCGCCGCCGCGCAGCGCCGCGGCGGCGGGCCCG